UACGUCGCCUUCGAGCACGUUGAGAGUUGAGACCCGUAUUUUGUUAAUUCGUACACAAAAUGUUUCAAAAUAAGAACAUCGCCGUAUCUUACAUGACGCCGUACAAAACCGAGCCGCCGAAGUUCGUUCCAAUCGCACCGAACCCUGAAAACGACAUGGACUGCACAGUGAUUAAAAAGUACACGUAUAAGAAUAAUUACACAGGAGCUCAAGCCGCGUCUAUCGCUAGACGUAACGCUCGGGAGAGGAAUCGCGUGAAGCAAGUCAACGAUGGCUUCAAUGCCUUGAGGAAGAGAUUACCAGCUGCUGUUGUCAACGCUCUAUCAGGCGGUGCGCGUCGCGGAUCCGGAAAGAAACUUAGCAAAGUUGACACAUUACGUAUGGUCGUGGAAUACAUCAGAUAUCUCGAGAAUUUAAUCGAUGAGAGUGACGCAACUUUAGGAAUUAAUCAAGAAUCAAGCGUCCCCAUGGAUACUUCUCUAUGUGAAGUCGAUGAAGGAAUUUUUGGAGGAAGAAAUUCACCGUACUCUGAUUCAGUGCCUUCACCUACAAAUUCGGAAUGUUCCUCUGGUGUUUCGUCGAGUUAUUCUACAGGCAAUGAUUGUUAUACCAGUAAUUGUUAUAGUGAAGCUAAUCCUAUUAACGAUAAUGAAUUGUUAGAUGCAAUCACUUGGUGGCAACAAAAGUAGGAAUUCAAGUAGUUAGAACAAUUUUAGUGUAUAUCUAGUCUUUGGUAUAAGUUUUUGUAUAUAUUUUUUAUUGUAUAGGGUUAAGAGGCAAGUUCAUGAAUAGAUAUAAUAAUAUAUGACGAUUGUGAAAUAAUAUAUUUUGUAUACAAACGGCUGUUAAUAUUGUAAAUAUAGCAUAAGUUUAGAUGAAAAUAAUAAAUAAUAUUUAUGAAAGAAAA